CUCUCGCAACAUGUCUUCAUCCACUCAGCCCAUGCCAGUAGUCGCCUGCGGCAGAAUAACCGCGAUGGGGAAAUCAGUCUCCCAGCACCUGCUGCCUGAAUAUGAAGUCAUCCACUUCAUCCAGUCAUAUGAGGCCGCAGAGGCUGAGCUCCCGCAUCUGCUUGCAGGUCGCGAUCCUCAGUCUCGGAGCCCCAAUGAUGUCGGAACCCACGAUUACAGCCGGCCUCCUCGUGUGGUGUUCUUCGGUCGCGGCUAUGAGCCUCAGCAGGUUGAAGAACUUAAGAAGAAGUUCACGGGUGUUGCUAAAGAACCUGUUGCUUGGGUGAGGGGCAACCCAGCGGAUGUGCCUACCGGGGGCCCUGGGCCUGACUAUGCUCAGAAAGUCACGGCGGAUUUGAAGAAGGUGCUUAAUAAAUGGAGAGAUGCAGGAGCCAAAGAUGAGGAGAUCUUGGUGUACUAGUUGCUUUGUCAGGGAGACUUCUUCUGGUGGAGGCAUAUAAUGAGGAUAGGACAUUGAGCGUCGAAUUGUCUACCCCAGAAUCCAUACAUUAAAGCUGAUGCUUCUCCCGCGGCAUGGAAAUUACCAUCGUUGUUCGCUUCCCCUUCGCUAGUUCAAGUGAACAAUUCCAC